AUAAAUGAAUAACAUAAAAAUAAAUCAUACGCCCCAUCGGCCACCCAGUAAAAAGUAAGCCAAUACCGUAACCAUUACCCUCGCUUCAAAAUCACACCCCAACCCGAACCCGAACCCAGUGGAUGUCCUCCCCCCUAUUUUCAUGGCGCUAAUAAAUGCUUAUCGAAGACGCAUAAAGCGAGUAAAUUCGCAGCCAUUAAACGGGCAUAAAAUUCGAAGCCGGGGCCGAAGCGAAAUUGUGGGGCCGACAAAUCAAAGUACAAGCCUCAGGACCAACCUCAUUCUCCUAUUUCCCAGCCAUGAAAUAAAACCAGGCAACAAUGAAACCCAAAGCGGCUCCCAAGCGAUUUCGAUGCGGGCAUUCAUCGGUCGAGCCAAGGAAUUGGCCACCCACAAGACCCAAAACCCAGAACCCAAACCAACAGUGAACCUUCCACCCUCGUCACCUCCAGCACCCCAUUUAAAGGCCCUUCCUUCGAGGCAACACUCGCUAUAUAACCAUCUUACCCAACGUUGACAGCAUACAAAGUAACUUAAAUCGAAACAAUAAAGCGGCAACUUUGUUCCAAGAAAAAAUGCAAAAGAAAGCAAAAUGAACACAGGAAAAACGUGGAAGAAAGCUCGAAAAGGAACCAGAAGAAGUGUGGAAAUGAGAAACAAGCGAAGUAGGUUAUACCCUCAUGAGCUCUAUAUUAUUUUAAAACAUAUUGCAAUGGCUCAUCUAAAAAUAUUGUUAUUAAAAUACUAGCACAUUGCAUCAAGUCAAGUAAACUUCACUAUUUAAGGAAAUCGAUUAUGUAGCAUGAAUUCAAUACCAAUUAGGGUAUUCGAAGCACCAUAAAACACCAAUGUUUAAACUUCCGAUCGAAAUUCCCAUACCAAGCGUGGGUAUUAUUACAAAAAACGUUGGAAAAGUCGUGAAGGAAAGUUCCCAAAGAAAUUGAGCUGCCGGCAGAGGGAAAGCAGGGAAAGGGGCGAAAAAAGAAAUGUAGAAAAGCGCAAAUAAAUGAAUGAAUAAAAACGCCAAGGAUAGCGAGGAUACCAUACAGGCAAAGGACUCAUAGUGCAGGGACAGAAGGGAGGCAAAGGACGAGAGUUCCACAAAGAAAUUACAAAAUGUAUGCAACAAAAAAAUAAAAAGCGGCGGAAAAGUCGGAGUGAAAAGCGGACUGGGUAGGUGCAGCAACGCUGAAAAAAUAUUAAUAAAUCCCCGCUACUGUGCGACACGAAAACCACCUCACUUCUCCGCCUUCUUUGUGCUUCUCUUUUUACCAGUGUACCAAGGGGCGUAUGAGCAAUAUGCGGUAGGAGAAAUGGGUGCUACCAGCAACCAAAUCAAAAACGCGCACAUAUCAGCAACAACCAUUUUCGAAAGAACUUUACUUCUUUAAAUAUCCAAGCUAUAGUUUUGGAUACAGAGUAAAAGUUAACCCACCGUGCUUAUCUUGUUGAUCUUGUUUCCGGUAAUUACCAUUUAAUUUCACGAAUAUAUAUUGCCCCAAAUUUGGUGAAAAAUUGUGGCUACUCGCAGUUCUUCGUAGCAUGCAAUCAAUUUAUUGAGAUGUUUAUCCAGCAAUUGCUCUCAGCUAAUCAUCUGCUUGCCCGCCCAUUCACACGCCGCUCACAUACCGCAACGCCCACAACGCUUGCCACACCCCCUUUGCGAGCCACAACGACCCUUUGGAAACCACAGCUUCCCGGACGGAGUUGCCACUCGAGCGACCACUAAUCAUAACGAUAACACCUAAUCAACCGCAACUCGGCGGGCCAUCCAGCGAUACGGAAUUCGUAAUCCGGACGGAAUCCGGAAUUCCAAUCGAAAUCCGUAACCGAAUCGAGGAGCAAACCACCCACCCACUCCUCCGUGCGCCCACAAAUCGAAACCGAAAAAGGUUUCGGGCUAAAUUAAAUGAAACGUUGAUAAGGCGCAAAAGGGCGCACUAAACGAUUAAAUCGACUGAGCGAGCAAAUGAGAGAGUGGCUUUCUCUGCCGCCCGACCUCUACUGCCCCCCACCCCACGCCGGGGGUCACCCACUCGACUGGUGUUUUCCGCCCAACCACCCACACAACUGCCAUUGACAGUGGCCGUGGACCUGACGGCCCGUGGACCCGUGACCUGACGGAGGGCGGACGUGCCCGACUGACUUUCGGCACAAGUGCGCAGCGAUGGCGAAAAGUGAAUUUUCCGCUCGUCGCUCGCUUGGCUUUCCGCUUGUGGGCCAGCGGGUGACUGGCUGGCCUGCGGGCUGCGGGGUGCGGGGUGAGCCGGAAAAUUGCCAGCUGAAUAAUUUCCAGAGCCGACUGCAACAGGGAGGAGUGUUUUUCGGAAGAACACGCAAGGCGCACAUAAUCAAAUGGUGGCAUUUUUCGAAUAAUUUGUACUGUGUUUUUGAAAAUUGGAAUACUAAAAGCUGUAUAAGAAGUAUAUAUUAUAUAAAAAAUUAAUAU